UUGAUUGGUUUGAUCAAUCACCGUGAAUUUGUUAAAGAGCUUAUGUAUUACUUGAAUUUUUUGUACUCGGGUCAAGUGAACCUUUCCAGCAUGUUUGAUGUUUGCAAAACAUUUUAUCGUGCAGAAAAACAAUAACAGUCUCUUACAAACUAUUUUAUGGAAUUUAAGAAGACUUGUGAGGAGCUUAACACACUACUUCCUUUUUAUUCCUGAUGUGAAGGUUCAGUAAUGCCAACAGGAGCAAAUGGUUGUCAUGAGUUUUCUUGUUGGCCUUUCCACUGACUUUGAGGCUGCAUAGUAUCAAGUUCUUUCUGGUUCUGCGAUUUCCUCUCUACAAGACGUAUUUAGUUGAGUACUUCGCACUGAAGGUACUUCACCAGUUCAACCCAACGGCGCAUUGAUCGGUAGAAAUAAUGAUUACCCACCUGGGAGAUCAACCAAUCAAAGUGGAUACAAAGGAAGUUGCUCACAAGGGUUUGAACCUCAAUCCUCAAAUUCUAGAGGCAUUGUGUGUCGAUACUGUCGUAAGCCAGACCAUACGAAGUUUGAGUGUAAAAAGCUUCUGUACAAAAAUCAGCAAAAGAACUCGGCACAUGUUGCAUUCACAAAUGAUGCCUCUGAAAUCCUUAUCUUUGUCAAUGAUUUUUCCAAGUCCUCACAACACCAAGAAUCACUCAAGUCUUCAUCUCCUUCUGUCACUGCUGUUGUUGAUUCAGGUAAACCCAACACGUGUCUUCUUUCCAAAUCCUCCAAAUGGGUCUAUUGACAGCCUAGGAAAUCAUAGAUUCACCGUGUGAUAGAGCUGGCAGAUUUCUUGUAUAUAUUUACUUUCCUUUGUUAGAAAAUUAUAAUUAAUUGUAUAUAUUCAACUUUUAUAUUCUUGAUUCUUGUAUAGCUUAUAUAUACCGAUUAUCUCAAUGAAUAAAAGAUCAAGUUUUAUCACCAUCAAUUGUCUCUAUAUUUCUUUUUCCUAUAUUUCUAUAGGGAAAUUUGACUUUUUAUGCUUAAUAGUGUGGUGUAAUACAAAAUAAUGCUAGACAUUUUUAACAUUACAAAAUAAUGCCAAAAUUUUUGCUAGUACCCAAAAUGCCCCUGUCACAAUUCCCCUCAAUCCCACUUUUGAUUCUCCCUCUCUCUCUCUCAAACUCUCGGUCAAGCUCUCCCCCAACCUUUGAACUACCCAGCUCUCCCCCCUCCGUUUAACUCUCUCUCUCAAACUCUCAGUUCAAGUCCCCGUCUAAGCCGCGCUGCCCCACGUCGCAGCCCCCGUCGAAACCCCGCGCCUCCGUCUCGCCGUCCGUCCGUCUUGCCUCUCGCCUCUCGCCGUCUGUCAUCCAAAACCCACGGUUCAAGUUUCUCCAUACCCAAAACAAAGAUGCCGAAGUUUCUUUUACCCUUGAUAGAUCACUUUUCUGGACGAGUCACAUAUAGGGGCAAUGGUUACUUUAAAACAAUCAAGGACAAGUUUGAGGAGCUCGGGUUGAUAGAAAGGAUGAAGGAAUCCCCAUUCAAACAAUUUUUCAUGGCUGAGAAGUUAGACUUCUCUGCAUCUCUCAUGCAUCAAUUAAUGUUGCGCAAGAUCCAAUGCUUCAAAGAGGAUGAGUUGCAUUUACAUUUGGGAUCUAGACCCUGCAGAUUUGGUAGAGGUGGGUUUGCUUUGGUUACGAGGUUGAACUUCAGUUCCGGACCAUCUGAGACUGAUUUGAAGAAACACUUGACUAGUGACCGCUUAAUCAAGGAGUACUUUAAUGAUGAAGAAUCAGUGAAGAUAAUGCAUUUGAAGGCUGCUUUAAAAAACUGCACUGUAGUUGAAGAUGCCUACAAGUUGGGCCUAUGUUUCUUUGUUGAGGGGGUUUUACUUGCACGAGAGGGCAAGUUAAAUGUCUGGAUAGAUUCGCUGAAGAUGGUGGAGGACACUGAGUACUUCUUUACUUACCCAUGGGGGAAAGUGUCUUUUAAUAAGCUUAUGGAUUCAUGUAAGAAAGACAUGCAUCAUCAGAAGAGGAACUUUGAGAAGAAAAAGGAAGUUAUGGGGAAAUAGAAAGAAGCAAAAUACAGUUUGUAUGGUUAUGUCCCUGCAUUGCAGUAUUGGGCAUACGAAGCCAUCCAACAGUUUGCACGUGAGUAUGGUAUUAACCAUGGAAACCAGUUUCCGAGGAUGCUCAGUUGGUUGAGCAAUAAGGAGCGUCCUAUUUCGAAGGCCGACCUUGCACCGAUGUUCAAGAAGACGAGUUUGAUUGUGUUGUCUAUGUUGAAGCCCCGGCCUUCGGAGAUAGAUUAUUAUAGCGCUCUGACGGAGGGUGAUGCUCCCUUGUAUCCCGGGUUGGGCCAAGAAGAAGAGGUAGAAACUCCCACUGAUUUUGAGAAGGUGGCGGAGAUAGCUGCUGAGGUUGCGAAGGCAGCCAAUAUUUUUGUUGAUGGCCCUGAUGAUGAGGAUACUCCAGUCCCCAUCGGCCCCAGCCCCAUUGGUACACCCUUAUCCUGAUCAACCUGAUUUACGGGAGGUGUUGGAGAGGUUGGAGCGAGUCGAGAGUCGUCAGGAUACCAUCCUAGAGAACCAGGCGGUCAUCAUGGAUGCUGUCAAUAAGAUCUUGACAUUCGUACAAGAUCUUCCAAAUGAUUCUGAUUCUGAUUCCGAGUCACUUGACCUCCCAGAUGAUUUUGUCUCACAUGACAUAGGCACUCCUCCCCCGAUAGUACUCACAGCAAAUCCUGAGACCCCAGGUGUUGCUAUUAUAGAACCUGGGGAUGUUGCUGGUGUAGAGUUUCAAUUGGUCAAGAGGAAAAGACGCAAACCUAAGAAAUUUGAAGACUACACCGACCCAACCAGAGAGAAAGCUCGUUUGGAUGUGAUUUAUGAUGUGCCAUUAGUCAUCGACCCUCUAAAGAAGCCACUUGCUACACAGUACAGGACGGUCGGCAAGUGGUUGCUUGGAGAUAUUCCGAACAAGACGAAGAGGGAUGUCCAAACUGGUGUGUAUGGUCUGAGUUGGUUUAUGACGAUGAAGGCACCACAGUUUUGGAUCGAUGAAGGGCAUAUUGAUGCGGCCAAGCAUAUGCUACGUAGGCGUCGACAGUUCUAUCCCGGGGUGUAUUGGCAAGAUGCUGUUGUGAUGAAUAUUAUGUUCUCACAAGUGGUACUGGACCGUUAUGAUGCAUAUCAGAAUGCCAAGGAAGCGAAUAAGAAAAGGUUUUUGUGGGAUUCAGAUGUGAUAUCAAUGAUUACGGGAAUUGACAAUCAAUUUCUGACAUCGUGGAAGGGAGUAGACACUGUAUAUUGGUGCCAGAACUACCUACAAAUGCAUUAGUUUGCAGUUGAAGCCUCCAUUUCUACUUGGACUCUGAAUGUUUAUGAUUCGGACGUGACCGUGAUAAGUGAUAAACAACUGGAAGCGUUUAUGAAGUCAUGGUGUACUUUGUUCCCAUCGUUGUUAUUGCAGUCACAACUUUUCAAGGACGACCCUCGGUUGACGAUUCCACCUGGAGCUAAAAGAUGCAAAGAGUUCAAUGUGCAUCGCAUGCCAGUUGAUUCAGUACCCCAAACCAAAGUCAGUGGAGAUUGUGGUGUGUACGCCAUCAAGUACAUCGAACACUUAUUGGGUAGGCUACCACUUGACACGAUUUGCGAUGACAGCAUGGAGUUGUUCAGAAACAAAUGGACAGUUGACUUAUGGCAGAUGUGUAAAGAUGCGUCAAGGAGGUUAUUAAUUGGUAACAUCCACGUUCUUUACAACCCAAGUCCAGGGGAUGUUAAAUUAGGUCAAAUUCAUUUUCUCUCAUCAAGGGCACAUGUUCUCUCAGAGAAAUGGGGCAAUGUGCCUGUUCUUCUUACGGGUGAUUUCAACAGUACUCCUCAGAGUGCAAUAUACAAGUUCAUGUCGUCAUCUGAGCUUAAUGUCAAGUUAUAUGAUAGAAGAGAGCUAUCUGGGCAGAGAAGUUGUCAUCCUGCUCAAGUUUUAGGUGUCAAACAAGAAAUCAGCAGUCCGUUAAGUUUGAUAGACGGCUUGUUGAAAACUUCCUGGAAGGACGAAGAGAUUAAAGUUGCAACAGGAAAUUCUGAGGGCCAUGUAGUUGUUCAUUCACUGAACCUUAACAGUUCCUAUGCCACAGUGAAGAGUUAUACAGGAACACGGGAACCUAAUGGUGAACCCUUAGCCACUUCAUAUCAUUCUAAGUUCUUGGGAACCGUUGACUAUAUAUGGUACUCAGAUGAUCUGUUACCUACAAGAGUUUUAGACACAGUUUCAGUUGAUAUUCUCAUGACAACUGGUGGACUCCCAUGCCAGGUAAGAAUACAUAAAGAAAAUCAUGCCGCUUGAUAGUUCUUAAGUUGAAAGUUUAUGAACUGAUUAAACAUCUAUUAUAGUAUGCCCAUUCACUUGAUAGGGUAUUGCCUGGGGGAUUAGUUGUCGACACUUGCUGAUACCAACUUGUAUUUAGGUACACUAACAACGAGGCUAAGUAGAAUCAAUCAACUAAUGAGAAUGCAUUGGGCGAAUACUGAUAUUGUAUUUGCUUGGUGUGGUUGCAUGUGUAUAGGAAUAGGACAUGUUGUGAUCUCCAGGUCAGUAGUGUUAGUUCCCGCACAUGAAAUUUGUAGCAGCAUAUGUUAGAAUUGAGUGGUUAGAAUUCUGUUAGGUUGUUAGAAAAGUUAGUUUUAGUUCUUGUAACUAAGUGAGCUUUUUUUAGUAAUUAUUGGUUACUGAAAUUAUGGACUCUAUAAAUACUGUUUCAUUGUAAUUGUUCAAUUGAUGAUCAAUAAGAAUUUUCUCUCUUACAUUCUCUAAAUUAAUAUGGUAUCAGAGCACAGUGAUUCGUAAGUCCCUUGUUGUUCGUUCAUUUUUUUUUUCUCUGUUCCUUUACUCUUACUGCCAUGGCCAGAAGUGGAGGAGUUCAGACACGACGCAAUGCUGCUCGAUCUAAUUCAACUGAAGACAACUCGAAUGAAGAUUCUAAUCCAUUUUCUGUUCUUGAUGACCAUUCUUGAUCUCACACUGACGAUCCUCGGAGCCCUUGCUAUCUUUCCCAUGGCGAUCAUCCUGGUGCCACUCUGGUUCCCAAAAUCCUUACAGGCAGUACAAAUUACAGUUCUUGGAGAAGAUCGAUGAUGGUGGCAUUACUUGCUAGAAACAAAGUGCAAUUCGUCAAUGGCAAGCUUCCUCCACCAGAUGAAGACAAUGAAGACUUCGACAAGUGGAAUCGAUGUAAUAGUCUUGUGAUUUCUUGGAUACUCCAUGCUGUCACACUUGAUAUUGCUGACAGUAUCAUGUACAUGGAGAAUGCCUCUGCCAUUUGGGAUGAACUUCAAGAAAGAUUUCAUCAAAAGAAUGCUCCAAGAAUCUUUGAAGCAAAACGGUGUAUGCAGAUUCUUACUCAGGGAUCGAAUGAUGUUACCACUUACUACACUCGUCGAAAGGCUUUAUGGGAUCAGAUCCAAGAAUAUAGACCUACACCUGUUUGUACAUGUGGGGCAAUGAAGACUAUUCUCGUUUAUCAAGAAGAAGAUCGUGUUCUUGAAUUUCUGGUUGGUCUAAAUGAGUCCUAAACUAAUGCCAGAUCUCAGAUUCUUUUACAAGAUCCCUUGCCUAGCAUUAACAAGGUUUAUGCAUCGAUUAUCCAAGAAGAGAGACAACGUGGCAUUACACAUACUCACACUGAAGUUACCCAACCUAUUUCAGCUCUUCAAGGUUCAUCUACCCUUGGACAAUUUGUUGGAACUAGUCAGUACAACAGACCUCGCAUGACUUGUACUCAUUGUGGCAUGACUGGUCACACUAUGGCCAAGUGUUAUAAGAUAUAUGGAUAUCCACCAGGACAUAAAUUUCAUGGAAGAUUACCAAAUAAACACAAUGGUAAUACUGGUCCUCCUAUUUCUAAGCCUACUGCCAAUUUCUCAGGAUGUCCUGAUGCUUCUGGUCCCAGAUUGGUACAUGAUCAGGAGCUGAUAUCCAACUUGACUGCUCAAUGUCAAAGAUUGAUGGAGUUGUUUGGACAGAAAGGUCAAGAGUCAUCACUCACCUCAUCCAAUUCUUCCAAUUCUGACCCCCCAUUGUGUCUCAUUUCUCUGGUAAGGAUUUUCCUAUUCCCAAAUCCCGAUGGAUAAUUGAUACAGGAGCAACACAUCAUGUGUACCUUGAUAUUUCUUUAUUUCAUCACACCCGUCCCAGCUUGAAUAUGACAUAUGUUUAUUAACCUAAUGGGUCUAGAGCAAAAAUCACUUGUCUUGGCACUGUUUAUGUUUCACCAUAUAUCAUCUUGACAGAUGUGCUUUGUGUCCCUGAAUUUCAAUAUAAUUUGCUCUCUGUCAGUUCACUAAUCCAGUCUGCUUCAUGUUUUUUUCAUUUUUUCCCUGACUCUUGUAUUAUUCAGGAUCCUAUGAAGACACAGCGAAUUGGGACGGCUGACAUAUUAGGGAAUCUAUACUAUUUGAAUGCUCCUUGCAAUUCUAGUACUCUCCACACUUCUGCUCAAAUUUUUUCUUUUUCUGAGUCAAAAAUCAGUGAUAACACUGUAUGGCACUACAGCCUAGGCCAUCCUUCUUGUAUCCUCUGAAUAAAGAUUUGCAAUUCAGACAUUAUUCUUGUUCUCAUUUUCAUUGCAUAGUUUGUCAUUAUGCCAAACAAAAGAAAUUGCCUUUUAUUUCUUUACAUCAUAUUGCUGAAAAUUGUUUUGACCUUAUUCAUAUUGACAUUUGGGGCCCUUUUCAUACUUUAACAACCGAAGGAUAUAAAUAUUUCAUUACUAUUGUAGAUGAUUGUUCUAGAUUUACUUGGGUCCAUCUUAUUAAACAAAAGUCUGAAGCACAAACUGUUAUUCCAACUUUUAUUCAGCUCAUUAAAACUCAGUUUGGUGCUCAAAUCAAAGGCAUUCGGUCUGAUAAUGCCAAAGAGUUACAGUUUCCAGACUUAUUUCACACUCUUGGCAUUGUCCACUAUCAUUCCUGUGUUCAAAGGCCACAACAAAAUUCUGUUGUGGAACGAAAACACCAGCACCUGCUUAAUGUGGCCAGAGCUCUUCUAUUUCAGUCUUAUAUUCCCUUAUGCUAUUGGGGUGACUGUAUAUCCACUGCUGCCUAUUUGAUUAAUCGGAUUCCUAGUCCUAAUUUGAAACACAAAAGUUCUUUUGAGGUUCUUUAUUCUAAGGUCCCUAGCUAUGAGCAUUUGAAAGCUUUUGGUUGUUUAGCUUAUGCUUCUACAUUAUCUGCAUCCCGAACAAAAUUUUCCCCUAGAGCUGUUCCUUGUGUUUUCUUAGGAUAUCCUGUAGGCAUAAAAGCUUACAAAUUGUUAGAUCUUAACACCAAUAAAAAAAUUUCUUCUAAAGAUGUGCAUUUUCAUGAACAUAUCUUUCCUUUUGUUCAAAAUGCUGAGUUACCAAAUGGAUAUCAUGAAUUUUUCUCUGCUGUGCCACUUCCUUCUCUGUCAUCUCCACCACAAUUGUCAGUUCCCCAAUUUGCAGCUCCUGCUCCCACUUCUUUAUCCCCAAGUGGCAGACCAGCUCGAGUUUCACAAAAACCUUCUUAUUUGAAUGAUUAUCAUUGUUUUUUUGUCCACUAAUCAUUCUCUUGCUAUACCACAGAUGUCAUUCUCAGUUACUUCACAUCCAUUAUCUCAUGUUAUUGACUAUAGCAGAUUGUCACCUUCAUUUCGAGCUACUGUUUUGUCUAUUUCUAGUCAUCAGGAACCUGAAUUUUUUAGUCAAGCUCAUGGGAUUCCAGAAUGGGAUGCAGCUAUGGCAUCUGAAAUAGCAGCUUUGGAAGCCAACAAUACUUGGUCUAUUGUUAGUUUGCCUCCUAAUCAUCAUGCCAUAAGAUGCAAAUGGGUGUACAAGAUCAAGUAUCAUGCCGAUGGCACUAUUGAAAGACACAAGGCCAGAUUAGUUGCCAAAGGCUAUAGUCAACAAGAUGGGAUUGAUUACACAGACACUUUUGCUCCUGUGACAAAAUUGGUUACUGUCAAAUUGGUUUUAGCUUUGGUUGCUGUUCGAGGAUGGUAUUUGCAUCAAUUAGAUGUUAAUAAUGCUUUCCUCCAUGGUGAUUUGCAUGAGGAAGUGUUUAUGACUAUACCUCAAGGGUAUAGUGCUAAGGGGGAGAUACCAGUCAAUGCUGUUUGCAAACUUCAGAAAUCCUUAUACGGUCUCAAGCAAGCUUCUAGGCAAUGAUUUGCCAAAUUUUCAAGUGCUUUAAUUGAUGAAGGAUUCCAUCAUUCUGCUACUGACCAUUCUCUUUUUAUGCGACAUUUUGGCAACAGUUUCAUCAUCUUGUUAGUCUAUGUAAGUCUAUGUAGAUGAUCUAAUAUUGGCAAGUAAUGAUCUGGAAGAGUUAGAUACUUUAAAGGCAAGAUUGAAUAACAAGUUUAAGUUGAAAGACUUGGGAAAACUGAAAUAUUUUCUUGGGUUAGAGAUUGUUAGAUCUGAAAGAGGAAUUUUUGUAUCUCAAAGGCCAUAUGCUCUUCAGGUUCUUGAAGAUUUAGGCUAUCUUGGAUGCAAACCACUAAGUACUCCUAUGGAAGCAAAUCUGAAACUUAGUCAAGAUGGCAACCAAGAUGGGAAAGAUAAUUUGGCAGAUCCUACUUUGUAUAGAAGAAUAGUUGGGAAACUACAAUAUUUGACUAUAACCAGACCUGAUCUAUCUUAUUCAGUCAAUAGGUUAAGUCAGUUUUUAGCUAAUCCAAGAAACAGUCACAUGAAAGCAGCUCAGAGAGUCCUACAAUAUGUUAAAGGAUGCCCAGGUCAAGGUAUUUUCAUGUCAGCUAAGUCUCAGAUCAAAUUGGAAGCUUACACAGACUCAGAUUGGGCAGCUUGUCCUGAUACUAGAAGAUCAACAAUAGGUUUUUGUAUUUUUCUUGGAGAAUCUAUCAUCUCUUGGAAAAGUAAGAAACAACAUAUUGUUUCUAGGUCUUCUGCUGAGGCCGAAUACAGGGCCAUGGCCAACACAACCUGUGAAUUGAUUUGGAUUCUUUAUGUAUUAGAAGAGUUGAAGAUCAAACAUGAAGGCCCUGCAAUUCUGCAUUGUGACAACAAAGCUGCUCAACACAUAGCAGCAAAUCCUGUUUUUCAUGAGAGGACUAAACACAUUGAAAUUGACUGUCAUUUGGUUAGAGAGAAAGUUCAGAAGCGGAUCAUCAAAACUAGUCAUAUUUCAAGCAAGGAACAACUUGCAGAUAUUCUAACAAAGCCAUUGUUUCCAAAUCAGUUCAAGCUUCUCAAAGACAAGAUAAAAUUGGAAAACAUAUAUAUUUCAUCUUGAGGGGGAGUGUUAGAAUUGAGUGGUUAGAAUUCUGUGAGGUUGUUAGAAAAGUUAGUUAGUUUUCGUUCUUAUAACUAAGUGAGCUGUUUUUAGUAACUGUUGGUUACUGAAAUUAUGGACUAUAAAUACUGUUUCAUUGUAAUUGUUCAAUUGAUGAUUAAUAAGAAUUUUCUCU